UAUACACGUGCGUGCUUUUCACUUUACCGGUGAAGUUGUUGACAUUCCAUGUCAAUAGUGAUUAUUUCGGAAUGAAGCUUCACACGAAUCCGGGGAAUUUUAAUUCCUUGAAGAUACUGGCAGCGGCAGAAUUAUCAGGAACUAAGCUAGAAUUGGUGGAGAGAAAACAUGACGAUAAAGUGGUGCCCUAUUUGACGAGGAACUCCCUGCCUGUACUGGAAGUCUUUCCAAACAAAUUUAUCUUUUCUGUUGGAGCAGCCACAAGAUAUCUACUGAGCCAGCCGUCACUGAGCCCCGAUGAUGAGUGUACAGUUGAUAGAUGGCUUGAGUGGGACUGUAACCAGUUACAGCCUUCACUGGUACCAUACCUUGUGAGUGUUAUUGGUCAGAACAAACAAGAUGCCUUCCUCUUGUCACAACUACAGACUUUACUCAAACUCCUCAACACCGAGCUCAAAGGUCGCCAGACUCUCACCAAGGCUGGGAUAACCGCAGGGGACAUAACUCUUUGGGGCUCACUGUACCCAAUAUUUAAACCAGGCAAGGCGAUCAUCAAAGGUUGGGAGAGUUUGUACCCUAACAUCAAGGCGUGGUUCUGUGGGGUAGAGGAGAAACCAGAGGUACAGAAGUGUAUAUCUGUGGUAGUCCAGGGCAAGGACACGGGUGUGUUUAAGGAUUCCUUGCUGGCCCAACCUCUCCCCCUGUCUCCACCUAGUCCGUCCACUCUCAAGCCAGAAAAGGCCGCAGUUGAUGCCGGCAAGAAGCAACAGGGCAAGAGCAAACCUGAGAAAAUGGAGGCUGAACCAGUAGAGAGUCAGAUACUGGCAGCCAGACCGGUGACUCCAGAGGAGCUAGCUGCUGCCGUCAAGGCAUGGAAUUCUGGGAAAAGCUCCUGUCCAAAAUCCCGAGAAAGGGUUCACCCCAUCUUGCCCAAGAAGGGUGAGAGGAACAUCUUGAUCACCAGCGCCUUGCCCUACGUCAACAAUGUACCACACCUGGGGAACAUCAUCGGUUGUGUUCUCAGUGCGGAUGUCUACUCUAGAUACUGUCGGCUUCGGAACUACAACGUAUUCUACAUCUGCGGUACUGAUGAGUACGGUACCGCCACAGAAACCAAGGCCAUUGAGGAAGGCCUUACACCACAACAGAUCUGUGACAAGUACAACAAGAUACACAGCGAUAUAUACAAGUGGUUUAACAUCGACUUUGAUUACUUUGGCCGUACCACCACCGUCCAACAGACACAAAUUGCCCAGGAUAUAUUUUGGAAGCUGUACAACAAGGGCCAUAUCCUGAAGGAGUCGAUGGAACAACUACAGUGUGAAAAAUGUAAUAGGUUCCUAGCGGACAGAUUUGUGGAGGGUACCUGUCCCCUGUGUAAGUUUGAAGAUGCCCGCGGUGACCAAUGUGAUGCCUGUGGUAAACUCAUCAACGCCAUCGAACUGAAGUCUCCCAAAUGUAAACUGUGUAAGACUACACCAGUAAUCAAGUCCUCUGAUCACCUGUUUCUGGAUUUGCCCAAGAUGGAACCAGCUCUACAGAAACACCUGGAUGGUGUUUUUAACACAGGAACCUGGACCAGUAAUGCCAAGAAUAUCACCAAUAGUUGGAUAAGGGACGGACUCAAGCCUCGCUGUAUCAGUCGCGACCUUAAAUGGGGUACACAGGUACCUCUGGAGGGGUACACAAACAAGGUAUUCUACGUGUGGUUUGAUGCUCCUAUAGGCUACAUCUCCAUCACAGCUAACUACACGGACCAAUGGGAAAAGUGGUGGAAAAACCCAGAACAGGUGGAGAUGUAUAACUUCCUGGGAAAAGACAAUGUUCCAUUUCACUCCGUCAUCUUCCCUUGUACAUUACUGGGAGCAGACGACAACUACACCAUAGUCAGUCACAUGAUAGCUACAGAGUACUUAAAUUAUGAGGAAGGGAAGUUUUCCAAGAGUCGGGGAACUGGAGUGUUUGGUAACAACGCGAAGGACACAGGGAUACCAGCAGACAUUUUUAGAUUCUACCUCCUGUAUGUACGACCAGAGACACAGGACAGCAGUUUUAGCUGGGAUGACUUCUUACUGAAAAACAAUAGUGAGCUCCUCAACAACCUCGGCAACUUUAUCAACAGGGCCCUUAUGUUUGUAAGUAAUAACUUUGGUGGCACCAUUCAAGAAAUGCUUCUGGUUGAUGAUGACAAGCAGCUCCUAGCCCAGGUCACACGGGAGCUUUGUGCAUACAUAGAAAACAUGGAGCAGGCAAAGAUCAGGGAUUCCAUCAGGAACAUUCUGAGUAUCUCUCGCCUUGGCAACCAGUUCAUGCAGGCAAAUAAACCGUGGGUCCUCGUCAAAGGCAGUGACGCUGACAAGAAGCGUGCAGGGUCUGUGGUCAGUUUGGCAGCUAACAUCUCGUGUCUACUGUCCGUGUUACUACAACCCUACAUGCCGGCUACCAGUGACACCAUCCAACAACAGCUCAACUGCCCGAAGGAGGCCAACAUGGUCCACCCAGAGUUUCUGUGUCAUCUCACACCUGGCCACAAGAUAGGGCAGCCGAGUCCAUUGUUUGAAAAAAUUGCCACCUCAAAGAUUGACGAAUGGAAAAAGCAGUUUGCUGGACAACCAGCCCCAGAGAAAAAGGAAACAAAGUCUUCAAAGCCCACAGGUGGCGCUGCUGUAGCCAGUGGACCAUGUGACCCAGCAGAAGUGGCCAGAUUGACAGAGGAAGUUGCAAAACAGGGUACAUUGGUGAGGGAAGUGAAAGCCAGGAAGGCUGAUAAGAGCGAGAUUGAUGUACAAGUCGCUAAGUUACUGGAUCUAAAAAAGCAACUGGCACUCGCUCAAGGUCAAGAUGCUGCCUCUUCUGGUGGUGGAAACAAAAAGAAGGAUAAAAAAGCAGCUAAACAGCCGCCCAGUGGUCAAGGAGGUGGAUCUACAGUAAGUGUAGCCUCACCAGCGUCAUCUGGACAGGACAGUUCACCAGAGGUUGUACGACUGACCGAAGAGGUCGCUAAACAGGGAAACGUGGUGAGGGAUUUGAAAGGCAAGAAAGCCGACAAGAGUCAGAUUGAUGCAGGAGUUGCGAAACUUCUUGAUCUGAAAAAACAACUGGCAUUGGCACAAGGUCAGGAUCCUGAUGCAGCUGUUGGGGGAGGUAAAAAGAAGGGCAAGAAGAAAUGAUGAGGGAGUAAAUAAGAACAGCCAGAAAGAAUUAUUUAUAAGAACAGGAGAAGUUGCAGAUGUUGGUAUAUGAUGAACUGAAAAAACGAAGAAUGGAAAGUGUUUUGUUGACUCAUUCACAAGUUUAUCCAUUGAUAAGUGAUAUCGCUGUCUGAUGGUUUGGUAAGGCGGCCAUUUUCUUGGCCUAGGAAUCCAGAGUAUUUUUUGAAAAUUGAGUGUGCAAUGGUUUACAAUGUAAAAUGUUUUGAAAAUUUCAUCCAUAAGAUAUUUAUGUCUGACUGCCUCAUAUCAUAUAGUGAUAAAAAUGGACCAUUUUUAUGUCACUUUUGCAGAGGCAAAUCUGCAUAAAUCAUUUUUAAAGGUCUAGAAUGAAGUUAUAUAGGAAAAUUUGCAACAAGAAUCACAGAUUCGUAUAAAAAAAUAAAAAUUCAAGAUUCUAUUCCUGACAAUUGUUACAUUGGCUCAAACUAUCAUAUUUGGUACAUGUAUAUUUGUUUGUUUACUUAUUUUGAUUUGUCUUUGUGAAAAUAGUUUGGGUUGAAUUAGGUACUAUAUCAAGUUAGUGUUAUUUAUUUCUCUAUCAGAAUGGUUGCUAGGUAAAUGUUGGCAUUGAAUGAAAUAAAAACAAUAGAUAUCAUUG